AUGGUUCCGUUUAGAGGACGGUUGAGUUUCCGGCAGUAUAUACCGAAUAAAACACAUAGAUAUGGGGUCAAACUGUAUAAGCUAUGUACAAGUUCUGUGUACACUUAUAACCUAAAGGUUUACACUGGUAAAGGCGACACACAACCUGAGCUGGGACAUGCACAAUCUAUUGUAUUGAAAUUGCUGGAACAUGUGAAUCCAAAAAAAGGACGAAUAUUAUAUGCUCAUAAUUUUUAUUCCGGAAUACCGUUAGUUAAAACAUUACUUGAUGAAAAAUGUCUGUCUUGUCGCACACUAAGACCAAACCGAAAAGGAGUUCCCAAAGAAUUCACAAAGAAAAAUAAGAAGGGUGUAGUUAUUGGCAAAGAGAAAAGCAAGAUAAAAAUUAUUAAAUGGGUAGACAAAAGACCUGUUUUUAUGAUCACGACACAUCCUGCUCAUAAUGCUACACUAGUACCUACAGCAAAGUUUGAAUUACUACUGGGCACGACUGUGGUGAAUUCGUGGAUUGUUUAUAACAUUGUUUUUGAUACAAAGCUGAGCAUUAUGGAAUUUAGAACACAACAAGCUAAAGAUCUAGUAAUAGAACAAGCGGAAGUCCCAAAGCAGCCAGUUCCAUCGAGAAAGAGGCAACACACUUUCGUGAAACCUGAAGGUCCAAGGAAGAAAGAAGAGAAGACCAUGUACUGGAUGUUACAAAACAUUGCGAAUAACUAUGACGAGUCGCGAGGCUGA